UUUUUUCUUCUCCUCUUCUCUUCUCCCGACUUCUUCUCCUCCUCCCUUUCUUGUUCUUUCUUCGCUCGUGAAGGGAGGAGGGCGAGCUCGUCGGAAUGCUCGGGAGGAACGGGCAGCGGCCGGCGGCACCCCCGGCGGGCCAACGGCACCCGCAGUGCCUGCGGCGCCCGUGGCCACAGCCGCUUCUGGGGCCGCGCUCGCAGCCCGUGGCCAUGGCGUGCGGCCGGCGGCCGGCGCCUGCAGAAGCAUGGUCGUGCCUGCGGCCGGCGCCCACGGGGCGCGGGUGGUGAAGUCCGACGAGGAGAGGCGCCGGUGGAGGAUACCGGAGGUAGAACCCAACAUGAGCGAGGACGGUGGCGAACAGCAGGCCACCGGAGUGCCCAGAUCUGGCAACAUCCUGGUCCAAGAGCAAGGAGAAAAUAGGGAGGAGGGGGGUCUCGGAUCGGGUGAGCUAUCGGGGGCUUUUAUAGCCCUCUCCGGGGAAGAAAGAAAAUGGUUGUGGCUCGUUCACCUCCGUGAUGCUCGCGGUGGUCGGGCAGAAUCGGAGGCCAUUCAAGAGGCCACGAUGUCCCCGCUCCUAUCUCGCCUCCGUUACUCUGAGGAAGAAGACUAUUACGAUCCUCUGUCUCAGUCUUUUCUUCAUGGGCUGAAGCCGGUUUGACCCGCCGGCUUUGGCCCAAUCGGCCCAAAAUCCAAUUUUGGACUGGAU